AGCCGGGGCGGAGCGUGGCCGAGCUGCAGCUGGAAGCAUGGCUGCCCCAUGCAGGGACUGCGCCCCUGAGGACCAAAUCUCCCAGGACCAGAUCCACCACGAGGUGCAGGAUUACUAUGGCAGAGAGCUGCAGAAGUCAGAGGACCUGAAAACCAACGCCUGCAUCACACCAACCAGGCCCGUUCCCAAGGCGGUGAGAGAUGCUCUGCAGCGUGUCCAUGAGGAGGUGGUGGCCAGGUACUAUGGCUGUGGCCUGGUCAUCCCGGAGUGCCUGGCAUCCUGCCGGGUCCUGGACCUGGGCAGCGGCAGUGGCAGGGACUGCUACAUGCUGAGCCAGCUGGUGGGGGAGCAGGGCCAUGUCACUGGCAUCGACAUGACUGAGGCACAGGUCGAGGUGGCAAAAAAGCACAUUGCCUAUCACAUGGAGAAGUUCGGCUACCAAAAGCCAAACGUGGAAUUCCUCCAGGGCUACAUGGAGAACCUCGGUGAUGCUGGGCUGACUGAUGAGAGCUAUGAUAUUGUCAUCUCCAACUGUGUGAUCAACCUCGCCCCCGACAAGAGGGCUGUGCUUCGGGAGGCCUACCGUGUGCUGAAGCCUGGAGGAGAGAUGUACUUCAGCGAUGUCUAUGCCAACCAGCACCUGAGUGAAGCCGUGAGGAAGCACAGGGUGCUGUGGGGAGAGUGCCUGGCAGGAGCCCUGUUCUGGAGAGACUUGUACAGCAUUGCCAAGGAGGUGGGUUUCAGCCCUCCGUGCCUGGUCACCGCCAGCCCCAUCACUGUCAGCAACAAGGAGCUAGAGAGAAUCAUUGGUGACUGCUGCUUCGUCUCAGCCACGUACCGGCUCUUCAAGGUGCCAGGGAGCAGCUGGUCCGGGCCAGGCCAGGUCAUCUACAAUGGUGGGAUUGUGGGGCAUGAGCGAGAGCUGGUGUUUGAUGCCAACUUCACUUUCAAGGAAGGAGAAGUGGUGGACGUGGAUGCUGAAAUGGCUGCGAUAUUGCAGAGCUCCAGGUUUGCGGACAAAUUCCUGAUCCAGGGUGGUGGGACUGAUGUUGCUGCACCACAAGGCUGCUGUCCUGGGAAGAUGAAGGAGAAGAUCUGUGACCCCUUCCUGUUGCUGCAGCAGCGGGCAGCCCCAGCUCCUGCCUGUGGUGCUGCCAGGACCUGCGGGCCACAGGGCUGCUGAUCGGACAGCGAUGUCUCCACAGCGUUGGGAGCAGGGGGGCUGUGGCUUCACCGGAGAGAAAAUACAAAGAAAUAGUUGAGCAGUG